AUGCUUCAGCAGCUGCCGGGACUGUCGGGAAGGUUAAGUGAGCCAAACCAGAGUGAAGAGGGAAAGGAUCUCCUCUGUAGCUGCGUUCAAGACGUUAUCAAAGUGAAACAAAUGUCCCAGGAGGAGAAGGAGCAGCUGGUGAAGUUUCUGUCAUUGCUGAUUCAGCCUGUGGUCAUGAACGAAGGAGACGUAGGAGAAGGCUUCCUGCUGCCCCAACAGGUGGUCUGUGCUUUCGUCCUGCCCAAUAUAGCUGUGCGUUCUAUGGACCUUGACCUGAGCUUGCAGCUGCUCCAUAGCGCCCUCUGUCUUGACCUUCCGGACGGCGCGUCUCAUUGGGUGAUGCUCUGCUCUCCGUUUCCUCUGCUGUUUGUGCUGGUGCAGAUUUACAACCACACGCUCAGAUGUGAAGACUCCGCAGACCAGCGCAAACUUCCACUGUGUUCCCCGGAGACUCAGGAGUUGUUGGUGACUGUCGUGUCCGCCCUGGGGAAGGUGGUGGGGGCACAAGUGGCUGCAGACCCUGACACUUGGUCCAGGGCACUGUUUUGGCUCUACGAUCGGACGGAGGAGCUGGACUGGACGGUGCGGUUCCUCCUAAAGCCUGUGUGGGGAGAGCACUUCAAAAACGAGGUGCCAGCGUCUCUGUUCACCGUCUGUGAUCUCCCAGAACAAGAGUGGUCUGGACUGGACCUGCCUCAGUACGGUCCUGGCACUGGCCUUGUAGCCUGGACCGAGUGCUGCUACAUCAACGAGUCCCUCCAGCGCACGAUGCUGUCCCAUCUCAGCCUGGACCAGAGCAAAGCGGAUCACGUCAGCAUGUUCAGCAAAGGCCUCAUGGUGGCGCUAACACAGACCCUCCCCUGCUGCUCCCCACCGCAGUGGUCUCUGCUCCUGAAGGCUCUACGCGCCCUCAUCACCUCCGCUCGCCUGCACGUGCCCUUCUCCCUGGAGUACUGCGACUUCCUCCCGCUGCUCGACCUGAGGAGUUUUGCGUGUGAGCUGCGGCUGUCCGUGCUGCUGCUGAGGGUCCUCCAGCUGCUGUGCGGGUCCAGCUGCGACCACUGGAUGUCCCGGGACGACUGGGGCCACGUCGGCGCCCUGUACGCACUGGCCGUGAGGGACAUGAUUGGCUCGCUAAAGACGAAGCUACCGGCGUCUGAAGAUAAAGGCUCCGAGGGGGAAAAGGAGAACGCCCCGAGUCAGGAGGUUCUGUUUGUGCUCGGACAGAUCUACUGCCAUGUGCAGCACGUGCAGGUGAUGUUGCCGGGCGGUCAGUGCGAGCAGCUGUUCCUGUGCAGCCUGGAGCUCCUGAGUCACUACGCAGCCGUGAUGUCUGCGUUCCCUCUGAGCUGCAGCGCCGUGGAGAGCGACAACACGCGCCACUUCUUCACCACCAUCACGGAAAACCUCCACAACAAAGAGAUGAAGUCUGUGCUGCAGCAGAAGAUCUCGCAGCUCGUCUCAUCCGAGGCUUAA